AUGAUCAUUACAAGUUUUGGAAAACUGGACAACGUGAAAAAAACAAAAAUACCAGAAUAUUUCAUUUUAGCAGGAACUGCGCAAGAAUUGCCAAGGUUAUUAAUUGAAUGUGCUGAUAGCCUUAAAGAUGCUCUUGUAUUUAAUUUAUCGUUUGAAAAUGGGACCAAACUAAUUCGGGGAGAUGAGAUUAUGAGCUCUAAAGCAAUUUGUAAUCGAAUAUUCUUUCAAUUACUGAAACAGCCUAAUGAUUCUUGGAAUGAUUUUAAGAAUAGAUAUAAUGUAACACUAGAAGAUGUAUUGCGUAGAAUUGCCAAAUAUCGUACUCAAGAAGUUAAGGAUCUGAAUAUGACAUUGGAGGUCAUGGAUGCAUUAGAGGCUUUGGGAGAAACAGUUGUAGAUAAAGAUAUUGAUCUAAUAAACAAUGUGCGAUUGAAUCUUACAUAUAAUUAUUCGGGUUGGUUGACCAAAACAGCUUAUUUAAGACCUAUCCUCCGCAUUAUUCUGGCACAUACAUCUGUUAACAAAGACCAAACCAUCUUUGAACUUGAUGGACAAAAAAUAAAUGUAGAUGACGUAAUACAGUAUAGACUAGUCCGAUUUGAGAGUUCCGAUCCUGACCGUGUUGUUGGUUAUCUAUCAUGUCCGUACAUUUGGCUAUGGAUUAUGGCUCAUGCAUACCACGAAAAUAUAAAUGAUCCAUUGUUAAGGAGUUGGGAUUUUGCCUACUACAAUGAAGUACUCAGUGAAUCGGGAGAGCCUAAUAUUCCACCUGGUUGCCAAUACUGGCAACAACAUUUUGAGUAUUUUGUCGCUCAAAUUCGCUCUCUAAAAUCGAAUAUCUAUAAUUAUGAUAAGCGAGUUGAUCUUAGUGUCAUUCAUAAUGGUGCCACUCAUAACUUUGGCCAAGUUUCCAUAUCGAAUCGACAACUUACAUUAUCAAAAUCAGUUGAAAGAUUUAGCACCAGGUCUAAAGAUUAUAGGAAUCAAAAUGAAAUAUACUGUAGACUAAACUAUUACAAACGGAGGCACAUCAGUAGCAAAUUAUUGAGAGAACAAAGCAUUUCUCAGAAAAUUUUUGAAGAAGAAUAUAACAACACAACUAGUUCAGGAGAUAUUUUCAUCUUUUACACCUCAGCAUCCUGCCAGAAACUUGACCUCCAACCAAUGUCUGCAAUCGUUAAUAAAGAAAACUGGAAAGAAUAUUUUGGUCCUUUUGCUGGAAGAUGUUAUAAUUAUGCCAUGGGGCCACCAGAUAUUAAUAAAGCGACCUUCACUCAGCUGUCUGGAAUUGAGAAGAUUGCAAAAAACGUGCUAGGAUUAUCAUGGAAGAACGAGAUGCUUUAUACAAAAUGCCUCGUCAACUCCCAUGAAAUUUUUGAAUAUUUAAAUUAUGAAACGGAUUUACGUUUAUGCUUACUAGUUAAUCGUCAAUGGUGUGAACUAGAAUUUUAUUCUAGCUUAUUCAUUCCAAACAUACCGAUUAUCACAUACCCUGGAGCGAUAGAUUGUUUAAGGAACCUUUCGGAAUUUGGCUGUAGUUCGAAUAUCGAUUCAGAAAUUUUCUAUCAGAUGUCACAAAUCUGCCAUAAUUUAGAAUCACUAAACCUAAUUUUUGGAAAAGUGAUCUCAAAUGGGUUAACAGACCUGAUUUCGGUUCAGAAAAAUUUAACAUACUUGUACGUAUUGUUUGAAAAUCAUGAUUCGUGGAGAGUACCUCCUCCAUUAAAAGCCUUAAUGAUGCUUUAA